AUGGAACAAAGCGGACGCCAGGCGUGGGUAGAGCGAUGGAGAUGCGUCGCAUACAUGGUGGCUUUGGUGACGUUAUGGAACAAAGCCUCAGCUCAGAUCAGAUAUUCCAUCUCCGAAGAGGUAAAAGAAGGAAGUGUUGUUGGAAACAUUGCGAAAGACUUAGGAAUUGAUAAGGCCACGCUGAAAGAUAGAGAGUAUCGUAUUGUUGGCAGUUCAACAGAACCCCUUUUUCGUUUGAAUAAGGACGACGGUAUUCUGUAUGUAAGUAGGAAAGUAGACAGGGAAGAGAUCUGUGAACGAAGCAACACCUGUAUAAUCAACAUUAAAACCGUGCUAGAAAAUCCUCUGGAAAUCCAUUACGUGGCCAUAGAGGUGAUGGAUAUAAACGACCACUCCCCCGUCUUUCAAGAGAAAGAGAAGCGACUGGAGAUAUUUGAAUCGACAUUACCGGGAGCACGGUUCCAGCUUCAACCUGCACGCGACCCUGAUGGUGGUCAGUUUACUGUUCAGCAGUAUAAACUCAGCCACAAUGAACACUUUCGUUUGGAAGUUAAGGAGAGGGGCGAAGACCGUAAGAUGCCCUUUCUGAUUUUACAAAAGCAGUUAGACAGAGAGGCUAUGGGAGAACACAAGCUUCUGCUUACAGCUAUUGAUGGUGGGAAGCCGGCGAUGUCUGGAACAAUAGAAAUAGUAAUUGUGGUGCUCGAUGUUAAUGACAAUUCACCCGUUUUUACAAAAGAUGUAUAUUCUACCAUUUUAAAUGAAAACGCGCACCCUGGUACGUUAGUUAUUCAGGUUAAUGCGACUGACUUGGAUGAGGGUGCAAACAGCGAAAUUGUUUACACAUUUGGUAAAGAAGUGGAUAUAUACUUGCAAAAACUAUUUCACAUAGACCCAAGGACGGGUGAAAUUAAAGUGAUCGGUAUAAUUGAUUUUGAAGAAAAUAAGAGUUAUGAAAUUGAUAUACAUGCUUCAGACAUGGGCACUAUCCCUCUUUCCACAGACAAAACUGUGAUAAUAAAGGUAAUAGACCUAAACGAUAAUCCCCCAGAGAUUGAAAUUACAUCAUUUUCGAAAUCAGUUCCAGAAGAUUCUAGAAUUGGAACAACAGUAGCUUUGAUCAGCGUCAAUGAUUUGGAUUCAGGCGCCAAUGGGAAGGUUUCCUGCUUUAUACGCGAGGACGUUCCUUUCGCUACAUCUCCAUCCCUGCAAGAUAAUAUGUACGCAAUAGUGACCAAAUUACAACUUAACAGAGAAAAAAAAUCUUCUUAUGAACUGACAGUUGUUGCAAAGGACACUGGUGAGCCAUCGCUCUCAUCUGAAAAGACAAUAAGUGUGGUUGUAUCAGAUGUGAACGAUAACAGACCACAGUUUUCAGUGAGCCCAUAUACGUUCUAUAUUACUGAAAACAAUGACCUAAUAGCACCAGUAUUUUCAGUUAGGGCAUCUGACCUUGAUGAUAGUGCUAAUGCACAUAUUUCAUAUCACAUUCAGAGGGACAGCAGUGGAGAAAAUGUUGCUCUGUUUUUAAAUAUCAACUCUGAAACUGGAGAUAUUUUGGCACUAAAAAGUUUUGACUUUGAAACACUGAAAACUUUCCAGUUCCAAGUUGUUGCCACAGAUUCUGGAACUCCGUCACUAAGCAGCAACGUCACAGUGAACGUGUUCAUUCUGGAUCAGAAUGACAACGCUCCAGUCAUCCUGUAUCCAGUCAGCUCUAACGGUUCUGCUGAAGGUGUGGAGGAGAUUCCCCGCAAUGUGAACGCAGGACACUUGGUGACUAAAGUCAGAGCCUAUGACGCUGAUAUAGGAUAUAACGGCUGGUUACUGUUUUCACUGCAGGACGUUACUGACCACAGUCUCUUUGGUUUGGACCGCUAUACAGGACAGAUCAGAACACUUCGCUCAUUCACAGAGACAGACGAGGCUGAGCAUAAACUGGUCAUACUGGUGAAAGACAAUGGGAACGUUUCACUCUCAGCAACAGCUACUGUGCUUGUCAAAGUUGUGGAGCCCAAAGAGGCUUUUGCUGCUUCUGAUGUUAAAAGUGCAACAAAGGAUGAGGAGGAGAAUAAUGUGACUUUUUACCUGAUGAUAACUUUGGGCUCAGUUUCAACACUUUUUCUCAUCAGUAUCAUCGUGCUGAUUGCAAUGCAGUGCUCCAAAACCACAGACUAUACUUCUAAAUAUCUACAAGAGACUAAUUAUGAUGGGACACUGUGUCACAGCAUCCAGUACAGAUCUGGAGACAAACGGUACAUGCUAGUAGGACCAAGAAUGAGUAUAGGAUCUACUAUAGUCCCGGGCAGCCAUGCGAAUACACUAGUGCUCCCUGACAGGAGAGGGACAUCUGGAGAGAGGUCAGAACAGAUGUAGGUCUGCACUGCACUUGGCAUCUGUAUGAGCUACAGCCACAACAUCUGCUGCUGUGCUUAGGUCAUCACUGCAUGCCUGGAGGAUUGAACUGACUGAGCGGGCAGAGCAAGGCUACAUGCAAGACAGACAGCUAUUAAGUGGAAAAAAGCGCCCAGUGAUCUAGAUUUAUUGGGAUGGGGUUGUGAUCUCUGAUUGAUAGAAUGUAUGGGUGAGGAAAAUCCAGAGUCAGCUGUUUAGACAUUGGAUGCAGUCGUAGUAAGAGGAUUGCCUUCUUAGAGCAAUACAUCUGCACUGCUCACUGUGGAGUAGACGGGAUAUAAGGCCACAGUUGCCAUACACUUGUCUGAUUAAAUACCGUAUGUUGUAUUAAUUUCUGGCCAUGCAUGGAUGGGAUCAGAUGUUGGCUGUUAGAUGGAUCCAGUCUCUAGCUGAAGGGUUCCUCUCCCCCCUGUGGUUAUUUGCCACUGUCAUAUCCCCACUAAGCAUCUUGGGUAAUUACUAUGCCUUUAUUUAGCAAUUGCAUUCUUAUUUCUCUGGAUGUUCCCUGUUUGGGUAUUCACAACAAGAACAUUCUAUAGUCAAGCUUAUGUGUGUUUAUGACUUCUUUAAUGUUUAGUGCUACACCACAGUAUUGAUAACUUCAUUUUCUUUUAAUGCUUUUUUACAUGGUUAGCAGGAGUGCAACUAGAAUUCCACUAGAAUGUGUGUGUCUGUUCAGUUACAAGGCUGUAACUAAAACAACAUUGUCUGAAAAAUAAUACAGAAAAAACUUUGUAUAUAUUUGUGAGUAUUAAUUAAUUGUAUAUUGAGUUCAUUGAGUGGUCUGAUCAAACUGGGCAUAACCUUCCUUUGUGAUCUAAUCGUGAUAUUUGUGUCAUGCAAAAAGCAUAUUGUCACUGUGUUUAUUUCAUAAUUUAACUUUAGUUCACAUGGCCCUCUAGGAAGACUUUGCAUCUCUUGAACUGUAAGGCAUUUUCAAAAAAAAGCAAUUAGGUCAGCUCAGAUAAACAAACAGUAAAUUAUUUUUUAUUUUUUCUUAAAAGUUCAAAUGUUUAAGGUGUGAGUUUUCACCAGAUGUCAGUGAUAAACAGCCUUUUUCUAAAAGCAUGAAAAUGUGGUCAAAAUUGUAUCAUAAAGAAUUAUAAAUCAUUUACUGUCCUGAUAUCAAGCGUGUGUGAUGCCACUGACUGUAGAUAGAGAAAAUGCCUGUUUUAACACUAAUUAAAGCUACAUGUACAGGCUGAAACGUCUUAUCCACUUUCUUCUUAUUUUUAAAAUGGUCCGACCGUCAUUCGGCUCCUUCUGGUCAUCCCUGAGGGUGUGAAACAUUGAGCUGUUCUGUACAGUGGGUGAGUCAUCCCAUCAUGUAGAUUUUCAUUUUGUGAAGUUGGUCUGCUGUGUUUUAUUUUUAGGUGAACCAUCUGUAAUGGGAACAUGAAAUCAGGAUUCAUGGUCUUUGGCAUUCAUCAUGAUGGCUAUUAUUCCAUCAUGAUAUUAGGGAGAUUUGGUUAUGUGAUGCCCUGUAGCAAAACAGACUUGAGUUGUGUCCAUGCUUGUUUAGAUGUGUACUGAUCGCUAAAUAUUCUUCCAUGUUUCCCGCCA